CAUAAGAUUUAUCCUCUAUUAUCGCGAUAGCACGGAAACAUGGCUGCUCUCUCAGUAGUAAGUGCAAGGAACGGGUACCGAAUAUUUGGAUCAUCAGUUUAUUCUUCAUUACAGAGGAAUAUUAGAAGAAGUAAAUAUAUUGUAUUAGUUCCAGAGAUACCAGAUGAAACUCCAGAGACAAAUCCAUUACUUAGGCAAAGUGCUCUGCCAAAGUAUUCCCAGCUUACUCCUGAGAAGUGUGUUAAUGCUAUUGGCAAACUUGUGAUUGAAUAUGAAUCGGGAAUCUGUAGGCUUGAAGAACAGCUCAAAGAUGGCGGACAGCAGAAGAAUUUUACCACAGUCAUUGAACCCCUUGAGAAGUUAACUAACCCCUUGGACUACGCUUGGAGCACAAUGAAGAACUUAUGUAUUGUAACCCAAAAUGAACAGAUCACUAGAGCUUAUAAGAAGCUUCAUCCUCGUGUUCAGAAGGCCAAAACUCAGCGUUUCCAUAGUCAGCCAAUUUUUCAUGCAAUGAAGGAAAUUAAUGCUGAUAGAGAUAAGUUAUCAGAAGUACAGCAAAGAGUUAUUGACAAAUGUUUACUUGAGUCUCGACUGGAUGGUAUUGAACUAUGGGGCUAUGAACAAAAACAUUUUAAUAACACAUUGGUCAACUUAGCAAAGUACAAGAACCAGUAUAGGGAAAAGUUAACUAAAGCAAGAUCAGCAUUUAGCCAUACUAUCACAGAUAUUGGAAUUGUAGCCGAUUUUCCUGAUGAACUGAUCAAAGAAAUGGCAGUUGAUAGAACUAAUCCUUCUCGAGGCCCCUGGAUUGUUACCUUGGAUCCACAUAUCUAUAACCCUUUCAUGAAGUUUUGCAGUGAUAGACUACUUCGGUGGAACAUAUGGAAUGCUAACGUAACCCUGGCCUCAGCAACCAGUCAAGAUGUAAAUAAUAGUAUUGAAAUAGAAGAAAUACGUUCUGUAAGGAAAGAACAAGCCAAGCUUCUUGGCUACAAUAAUUUUGCUCAAAUGUCUAUGGAAACCAAAAUGGCUGGAAAUGUAGAAAAUGCUUUGUCAAUGAUAACAACGUUGAGGUUAAAAAGCAAAGCAGCCACAGAAAAGGAAUUAUCUGAACUCCAAGAGUUUGCUGCUGAGUGUGGUUUUGAAGCUAAGCUAGAGUUAUGGGAUGUUCCUUUUUGGAGACAGAAACAAAAAGAGAGUCUUUUUAGGAUAGACUACUCAGAUAUUCAACAGUACUUCCCAUAUCCAGUUGUCUUGCAAGGGCUGUUUAACUUCUGCAAGGAAAUCUUUGGAAUAACAUUCAAGGAGGCAACUUCAGAAGUUGAUGUUUGGCAUCCAGAUGUCCAGUUUUUCAAAAUAUAUGAUGAAAAUGAUUCCUACUUGGCAUCAUUUUAUAUAGAUCCAUACAUAAGGCAAGGGCAGAAACUUCCAGGUGCCUGGAUGGAGGCAGCUUGUAACAGAAGUAAGGCAGUAGGAACAUCUCCACUCUCCUAUAUGAUCUUCAGUUUUCCAAAACCUUCGUAUCAGAAACCAUCCCUUCUAUCCUUUCAUGAUGUAGUUGCACUGUUUAAAAAGUUUGGGCACCUAUUGCAAAAUUCUCUGACAACUGUACCUUACAGUGAUGUGUCUGGUUUAACUAAUCUUGAGUGGGAUGUUGUAGAUGUUUGCCCACACUUUAUGACUUGUUGGCUGAAAGAUUACAACACAAUAGCCUCUUGCUCUUCACAUGUAGAGAAUGGUAAUGCCAUUUCUGAAGAUCUUCAUAAUCAACUACUAAAAGCUGAGUGUCACAUGGCUGGAUAUGAUCUUACUAAAGAAUUGUAUCUUAGUGCUUUGGAUUUAGAAUUGUAUUCCAGUAAAGAAUUUUGGUUAGACAUUACCAAACGAGUCUGGCCAGAGUACAUGAAUUUUCCUCUGGAGAAGCAAGAUGCUCACCCCUGCUCUUUUUCAGAAAUCUUCUGUGAUGAGUACCCUGCUGCUUACUUUUCUUUCAAAUGGGCUGAGAUGAUAGCAGCUGAUGCCUUCAGUGCUUUUCUAGAAGCAGGACUGGACAAUAAAAUUAGUCAAAGGUUCAGAGAUACUUUCUUAUCUCUGGGAGGAGGCUGUCAUCCAAGUGAGGUGUUUCGAAGAUUUCGUGGAAGAGAUCCUUCUCCUGAUGCUCUUUUAGCAGCCUGUGGUCUGAUGAAGCCGGCUAUAGAAAAGGAAAAAGCUACCAGACAUUGAUCAUUGACAUGAUCAUCUACAAUGCACCCUGGAGAAACAGAUAAAACCAUACAGAAUCAACACUCUUGAAGAUGAUAUGAGUUGAAGAAUUACCACACUCUUUACCUUAAGAAGAAUUUUUGUAAUCUGUAGUACUUUAAUAAAUAUUGUAUGUGAAAAA